AUGAACAAUGCACAGGUUUGUCUUCUCACUUUCCGCUCUUCUAUUCUGUUCGCUUAUGAUAUCCUAGCUAUUGGAGAUGCAAACACAAUUGGCGUAAUUCCAUUUUUCCUCGGAGGUGGCAUCAGCCUGUACUCUGGACAAUUCGGCUUCGGUUCUGACAACAUCCUGUCUGCUCGUGUUGUUACAUCUGAUGGCUCCUUACUUGAGGCAAGCGAAACCACAAACCAAGAUCUCUUUUGGGCUAUUCGUGGCGCUGGACAGUUUUUUGGAGUGGUAACAGAAUUGACUAUUCGCACCUACCCUCUGUCAACGCUGGGUAGCACAUUAGGGGGCCAUUGUUUCUGUCAACUCACCUUCCCGAUUUCCCAGGCAAGGGAGGUUGCUAUGAUCAUGAAGGAGCUUAUGGUCGAUCCCGCAACACCUACAUCUGGGCAUUUAAUGAUAGUCUCUCGGCCCCCGGACUUUCAGCAAGUGAUUGUGAUAAAUGCACACUACAUCGGCAACCCUGAUAAAGCGCAAUUUGCUUUUCAACAGCUAACCGAUCUCAAUCCAAUUGAAAAAACCACUCGGAUGCUUUUGUUCGAAAACCACAGUGAUUUUCCACUCGCGAAAUCAUCACCAGGGGACAUCAGGAGCAUCAAUUUGAUAGGCCUCGCCGAAUUUACUUCCGGAAAGUUUCUCGCGAUGGCUCAAUUGCAUCAAGAUCUUAUCAGAGAUUAUCCGGACGCAAAAGGCACUCAGGUAAUCUUCGGAUGGCGUGCGCCAGUUUGCCAACUUCCAAUCACCGAUACUUCGUUUGGAAAUGCAGGUCAGCUAUUGUGGCUGUGA